AUGAGUAGAUUUUUAACUACGAUAAAAAAUAAAUCACCCAAUCACUAUUAUAUUAAUAAAAUUUCCAAUAAUUUAAAAUUUAUAAAUUCAACCACAACCACAAAUUAUAAUAUACCACAAAAUAGAUUUUUUACAUCAAAAUCUAAAGUUAGAAAAGGAAAUAAAUACAGUCAAUAUAUUCAUACACCAAAUAAAAAUAUCUCAUUGACCAAUAGUUUAGACUUAAAAGAUGUUUCAGUAUUUUCAAAUAUAAAACCAUUAGCACCUUUAAAAAAUGAAAUUCAAACCGAAAUCGAUCAAAAUGAUGACAACAUUUUGGAAAGUAAUAUGAAUAUAAAUAAUAGUAAUAAUAAUGAUAAUAAUAAUGAUAAUAAUAAUUUUGAUAACAGUCUGGCUCAUAAUAAAAGAAAUGAUGAUAAUGAUAUAUAUAAUGAACUAUAUAACAAUGACAAAGAUAUAGAUUACAAUAUAGAUAAUAGUAUAGAUAAUAAUAUAUAUAAUAGUUUAGAUAAUAAUUUAGAAAAUAAUAAUAUUGAUAAUGAUAAUAAUAAAACCGAUGAAAUAAAGAACGAAAUAUAUUUAAACCCAAAACAGUAUGUUGUAUAUAAGCAGCUCACCGUCGUUAGAGUUAAAGAUUCAAGUCAUAGAGAUGAUGUAAUUAGGCAGUUAAGAAUUGCAAUACCGCAAUCAGGUUGGAAAAUAAACAAAGAGAAUCCAAAUUUAGUGAUGGGAAAUGUUAGUCCAGAAGUUUAUAGAGAUUUUAUAACGAACCAAACUAAAUUUAAUAAGCAUAAUAUCAAAGUUUUAAAUAGUUCCAAGCAACCAUUUGUUGGUUUCUCUAAACAAAUUUUACCAAAUUCAAUUGAAGUCGAUGAGGACUCACUUCAAGCAUGGGUAGAAAAAGCAAGCGAGUUUAUUAUUAGUAACUAUAGGGCAUGCAAAUGGAAACGUUGGAGAAUUCAUUUAUUAACACCAACUUCAGCCUUACAACCAAACAACAAACGUGUUCAAAUCGAAUCUUUAAUUCUCAAGUAUUUAAAAAAGAAACAUUAUAAAGAACUUUCACACUCUUAUUCAUUAAAGGCAUCGGGUAAUAGACCCAUAGGAUUAUUUGACGAUGAAGCGUUGGUCCAAAUUAUGUUUGUUGGUGCCAACAAAGGUUAUAUUAGUGUUAUGACACCAACCAUGUAUCAAUACUAUAAAAAGAUGACAAGUAUUUAUCCAUCAGGAACAGCCAAACCUUUACUUGGCGUACUUUCACAAUAUAUGUACAAAUUAUUUUCACCACAGCUCUCACAAUCACAUAUUCACAUUCAAGCAAUCAAAAACUUUAUGAAUCCGUCACAAUCUUUAGAAAAGGAAUAUAUAAAAUCUAUGUCAUUCGAUUCAAUUGUCUCAACAUUUCUUCCAUCAAGAUCAUUUAUAAAAUUAGUAGAGCUAUUCACUAGGUUCCCAAAAUUCCCAUCGAUGAGAAUUAACGAUACAGUUUGCGAUUUAGGUAGCUCCCCAGGUGGAUGGACUUUAUUCAGUCUUUUGCAAGGAUGUUGUGUAGUAUCAAUAGAUAAAGCCCCUUUAGACCAUCGUUUUAUAGAUGAAAAUAAUGAUCAAGACCAUUUAAUUUUCAUUAGAGAAUCUGCAUUCGAGUUUGACCCAGUUGGUACAUUUGAUUGGUUAAUCAUCGAUAUGAAAGUUCCCCCAAUGAAGACAUUAAAGCUUUUAGAGAAAUGGUUGGAAAAAAAUCAUUGUAACAAUUUCAUCGUCAACUUAAAGUUUGAUAGAAACAGUUUCGACCUUCACGAAUGCGAAUUAUUUAUACAAAGAAAUAUUUUACCAUUAACAGGAUAUAUAAACAGUCACUGUUUGGACUCGAAUGGUGAUAAGGAAUUAACUUUAUUUGGAACGAAAAAAUCAAUUAUUAAUACAAUAGGAGAUGUAAAUUCACUUACCCCCACAAUUAACGAAGAGUAA